AUGGCUUUAGACAACCAAGACAUCGAAAUGGAGCACGCUGACGAGAUUGAAAAGAAAGGACCGGAACUUGAUGCAUCCUCUUUAGUCUUGUCGGAUCUCAAGCAAAACUUUACUCUUCUUGAACGUGCUGUUUCUACCAUUGAGUCACGGUUUACGACACGCGUUCUUAGAACUACUGCAUCUAUUAGAAAACGGUUGACUGCAGAUGUUUUAGCUCAAGCUAUUAAGGAAGUUUACCCGAAAGAUUCUAUUGACAAAAGUAGACUUUUGGAUUUUUUGGGAAAGGACUCUGGUAUUAUGGAUCUCGAUUUGGAUGAUGCCGCAAAAGAUAUUCCACCAAUUUUGCCUGAAAUCGACCUAUACCUUCAUUUAUUGACAAUGAUUUAUUUGUUGGAUAAACAAGAUUUCGAUAAGGGUAUCCUACUUUCAAAUGAGACGAUUACCAAAGUUCAAAAUUUGAACCGUCGAACCUUGGAUCAAUUGUCUGCACGCACAUAUUUUUAUUAUGCACGAUUUUAUGAACUUACAGGAAACUUGGCCGAAAUUAGACCAACUUUAUUGGCUGCUCAAAGGACUGCAACUUUGCGUCACGAUGAUGAUACUCAGGCCACCUUGCUUAAUCUUUUAUUACGUAAUUAUUUUCAUUACAAUUUAUAUGAUCAAGCUGACAAGCUUGUUAGCAAAACUACCUUUCCUGAAACCGCCGGUAAUAAUCAACAGGCUCGAUAUAUGUAUUAUCUUGGCCGUAUCAAAGCUAUUCAACUAGAUUAUACCGUUUCUCACACUCAUUUGUUACAGGCCAUCCGUAAGGCUUCUCAGAAUGUUACUACAGCUGGCUUUCAACAAGCUGUUUAUAAGCUUUCGAUUAUCGUUCAACUUUUAAUGGGGGAAAUUCCAGAGCGAUCUAUAUUUAGGCAACCAGUGUUAAAAAAACCUUUAGUUCCAUAUUUGCAUAUUGUUCAAGAAACUUUAGCUAAAUAUGGAGAAGUUUUUCGUGCUGACAAAACAUUCACCUUGAUUAUAAGACUUCGACAUAAUGUUAUUAAGACAGGCAUUCGUAUGAUAAGUUUGUCAUAUUCUCGAAUAUCUUUACGCGAUAUAUGUUUGAAAUUACAUCUUGACAGUGAGGAGGAUGCAGAAUAUAUUGUAACCAAGGCCAUUCGUGAUGGUGUGAUUGAUGCUACCAUAGACCAUGAAAAAGGGUUCAUGAAAUCGAAGGAAAUUAUUGAUAUUUACUCAACAAAUGAGCCUCAAUAUGCUUUAAAUCAGCGUAUCACUUUUUGCUCAAAUCUUCAUAAUGAAUCAGCUAUGAGAUUUCCCCUUAAUGCUCAUCGUAAAGAAUUAGCUUCAGCCGAAGCUCUUCGUGAAAGAGAGAGGGAAUUGGCCAAAGAAAUUGCUGAAGGUGAAAUGGAUGAAGAUGAUGACGUUGGAGAAUUCUAA